GAAAGUAAAUUAUUUACGUCACUAGGCUUUAAAACAAGUGCUCAUUAAAAAAUAUAUAAAAAGUUCCUCCACUUCUUAUUCAAAUCAAUCAACAUGUUGAAUCUGAUUGCAAGAGGGUUGUAGUCUUGUAGAUGCUGUGCUACAAAGGACCUCUCAUGUUUCUUAUGAAGGAUAUAUCUUGCAGGAUGUAAUUAGUUUAUCUAGUAGUUUCAUGUCUUUUUCUCUUGUUCAUAUCAGUAGGAAUGCAAACAUGGUGGCUCAUCACCUGUCUAGGUUGUCUUUGGAAAAUGCUGAUAGAGUAUGGAUUGGGUUUACUCCCCUCUGUAUUCAGACCUUUGUACUCAAAGACAUUAUGUCUCUUGUUGAUUAAUGAAAUGUUUAUGUUUGCUGUCAAAAAAGAAAAAAUCAAUCAACUUGAUGGAGCGAUCUCCUAUUGCUGUUUCUCUUCCUCUGUCUGAAUUCAUUCGUUUUGAUGGUUCUUCCUUUCUUUUAUUCAAAUUUAUUCAGUCCACUUUCUUUCUUUUUUUGCAUUGCUCUUUUAAAUUAUAGCAUUGGUAAUCAGAAACACGCCCCAUAAGAUAAGGAGAACAAGCCAUACCCAAAGUGGACCUGUAAUCUCUUUGUUCUUAUAAAUUAAAGCAUUUGAUAGAAAACCAGAAAUUAACGGAUGAAAUAUGCAUUAAACUGAACACAGAUAACAUACAUACAGCAAUUUACUACAGAGAAUAUUCCCUGUCCACAACCUGCUAACAACAACAACAACAAUAUCCCUAUUCUGCCUAAAACUAGAAAUAAUGAAAUAAAUUCCUAAAACGUAACCGACAUAAGUUAUUCUCUACACAUAACUGCCAACAAACAGUUUCCUAUAAUUAAAUAUUAAAUAUUCCUUUAAAAUAAAACUACAAAUCUGCCAUCAGUUAUUUUCUACAAAUAACUGUCACCCAAUAGUAAAUCUGACCCAUCCCCAUCAGCAUUUAAAAUGAUCUCACUCGUGGCUUGCCUGUAUAGAAGAAGAUCCACAGUUUACAAUCUCUUUCCUUCCACGUUAGGCAUCACGAGAAUUGCAUCCGGAGCUUCUGAAACUACCAUUUAAAUGAUUUCACCCCCAUUUAACUUGCCCGUAUCGAAGAAGAUCCACAGUUUACAAUGUCUUUCCUUCCACGCGAUGAAUCACGAGAAUUGCGUCCGGAUAUCCUGAAACUUGCAUUUAAAGCUUCUAUGUAAUUUCACUCCCUUUCUUUCCCUAUAUAUAAUACACACAUAUAGGUAAAGAAAUCCAACUUCUCCUCGAACCCCAAACAUUCAAAAAUCAAAACUAGCUGACCAGCAUGGCUGUUCUAGGCUUGAUGCAUUAUGCUGCUUUCACAGGCCUCUGUCUCUUGGUCUUAACACCUGUGCAUCAUGGAGCACAGGUUUCAACUCGUAGCUUCUUAAGAAGAACACUUGUUGAGGUUUCCCCUCCUGAGGAAGGUAUAUGCGCCUCUUCUGUCCUUCUUCACGGAUACAAGUGCGAGGAACUUGAGGUUACGACCAAGGAUGGGUACAUUCUGAGCCUGCAAAGGAUUCCUGAAGGACGAGCUGAAGCUAGUGGCAGUGGUAAAAAGCAGCCAGUGAUAUUACAACACGGAGUACUAGUGGAUGGCAUGACAUGGCUUCUGAACUCUCCAGAGCAGGACCUGCCUUUGAUUCUAGCUGAUAAUGGCUUUGAUGUGUGGAUUGCUAACACCAGAGGAACAGGACAUAGUCGCCGACACAUCUCAUUAGACCCCUCUAACCCAGCCUUUUGGGAUUGGUCUUUUGAUGAAUUGAUUUCCUAUGAUCUACCUGCUGUGUUUGACUACGUGACCAACAAAACAGGGCAGAAGAUUAACUAUGUUGGCCAUUCUCUGGGAACUUUGACAGCUUUGGCUUCCUUCUCUGAAGGGAAUUUGGUUAACCAGCUGAAAUCUGCAGCUUUGCUGAGCCCUGUUGCCUACUUGAGCCACAUGAGCUCUGAAUUUUUAGUUGUUGCAGCGAAUACCUUUAUUGAUCAGAUCAUUUCCUUUGGUCAGGCGGAAUUUGAUAUCAAAAGGUUACCUGGUAGUGCCUUUCUCAAUUCUCUCUGCGUUCACCCUGGGGUAGACUGCAGCGACUUAAUGACUGCAAUAACAGGUGAUAAUUGUUGUCUGAAUUCUUCAACCCUAAAACUAUUCUUGUUGAACGAGCCUCAGUCGUCCUCAAGAAAAAAUCUCAUUCACUUGGCUCAGAUUGUUAGACAUGGGGUUCUUGCAAAAUACAAUUAUGUGUUACCAGCGCAUAAUUUUAUUCAUUACGGACAAAUAAGCCCUCCAGUGUAUAACCUGGCCAACAUUCCCCAUGACCUUCCUCUUUUCAUUAGCUAUGGAGGCCGAGAUGCACUUGCUGACGUUGGUGAUGUUGCAACAUUACUUGAUAUACUUAAGAACCAUGAUCAGGAUAAGCUAAGUGUCCAGUUCAUCAAGGACUACGCUCAUGCCGACUUCGUCAUGGGGUUCAAUGCGAAUGACAUGGUGUAUAAAAAUAUUAUUUCAUUUUUCAAUCGUUGAUCGAGUGAGAUGUGUAAAAAUAUCAUUUCAUUUUUUAAUCAAUGAUGAGAAAUUGAGAA